UGGGCAUCGACUUGGGCACGACGUACUCGGUGGUGGCCAUCUCCCAGAAGAACAACGUGACGGCGAUUGCAGACGCCCAAGGCCACGUCCUGGUGCCGUCCACCGUGGCGUUCCUACCCAAUGGAGGUUCGUUCAACAAUGGCUACCUUGUUGCUGUACUUCUGCUAUAAUAUUAACGCGGCACCUGUGGUGGAUGAUGGAGCAGAGGUGAUCGUGGGGAGGAAAGCUCGAGCUCAUCGCACAACGGACCCGACGCACACUAUCUUCAACGCCAAACGGUUCAUCGGUCGGAGCUUCGAUGACGUUGGCGAGUCGGAGGUCGACUCGAACGGUGUGUCGCCCUACGAAUUCACAGUCAAGCCGGUGCUCGACAACGCCCACGACGGCGUGUGCUUCGCGCUUGGCUUUCCGGGUCAGCAGGACUGUGUGACUCCCGUGCAGAUCGGGAGCGCGGUGGUGAGCCACCUCCGCAGCAUGGCGCACCGCUUCGUCGGCCACGACCAGAUCACCAAGGCGGUGAUUGCGGUGCCUGUGGACUUUAACGCUCGACAGCGGGACGCUACCGUUGCGGCAUUUCGAGUGGCUGGCUUGGAGGUCUCGCGCGUGCUGGAAGAGCCGACGGCUGCGGCCAUUGCCUACGGUCUGCACCAGGACCCGAACGUGAGCUUCAUGCUCGUGUUUGACUUUGGAGGCGGCACGCUGGACGUCUCGCUGCUCUUUGCGCGCAAUGGUGCCAUCAGUGUCCUUGAUACGCUGGGAGAUAACCACUUGGGAGGCGAGGACGUAGACGCGCUGCUGACCGCGUGGCUCGUGAGGGAGUUCGAGGCACAAAUUGGCUCACGCAUUACCUCCCGAGGGGUAGAGGGCGAGGAAAAAAGCUUGGACGACGACGCGACAGACCCACCGUGUACAUUGGCAGGCGUCCGCCGUGCUGCAGAGCUGCUGAAACGUCGGCUGACUGACGCUACAACAGCGAGCGCUACUUGCGUCUGGAGUGAAGGUGGAAGCAAGGCUCGAGUUGAGGUUAAAGCUUCGCGAGCACAGUUUGAAGAACUGUGUGGGCCGUUGUUGGAGCGCACGAUGAUCCCAGUGCGCGAUGUCCUGGAGGCGAACAACAUGGAGACGGAGGAGAUCGAUGCGGUGGUGCUAGUCGGAGGGUCCUCGCGCAUCCCGUGGGUGCGUCAGCGCCUCACGACGAUGUUCCAAGACCGGGCGCCACUUUCAACUAUCGAUCCUGACCUCGCCGUCGCGUAUGGAGCCGCGCGAACGUUGGAUUAGAUGAUAGCUAGCGGCAAUCAAUAGAGGACGACAAUUUCAUUCAUGCUAACAACCAGCAACCUACGCCUGUGAGCUCACCACCAAUAGAACACCAUUGCUAUCUUGGUAAGCUCGUUGAUUGUCGUCUUUCACGAGUCCCUAAUGCGUCUAGAGGGCAGUGAUCGCGGUUUGCGCUAGCAUAGAGAACAACACAUGCGCAAAUGUUAGCCUGUGAAAUCCUUACAAAUCUGUAAUAGCCAACAAACUCCCUUACCAAUCUCGGCGAGAUCAGGAGAUGCAUUCGCCGCGUAAAAGUCCUGGAUGUGGUCGAGUGCAAACUUCUCCAGCCGCUCAUUGAUUCCGUCGUCGUCCUGGUCGGCGCGGUAGCCACGCUGCGCCGCGAUCGACUUGGUGCAGCUUACGAGCGCGAAGUACGCGCGCAGGUUCUGCUUCUUGUUGAGCUCGAUCGAGUGCGCGUAGUGCUUGCGCGCCUUCAGCAGGUUGUCCAGGCCGCCGAUCGUCGAGUAGAUCUAAAUACACAGCCAUACAAGCGUUCAGGACCUCUCCAUUGUAUGCUGACUCUGCACGUUUCGACGUACGUCAGCCAGGCGGCUGUGCGCGAUGGAGUCCAUGGGGUUCAGCAGCACCAGCUCCUCGUAGCAGAAGGCGCCGUAGCGGUACGCGCCCAUGGACAGGUACGUCUCGCCAAGCUCCGUCCACUGCGAGAAACACCAGAAGAAUAAAACCACGUUUCAGCACAGUUAAGCCAGCACCCUCCCCCAACUGCACCGCUGCAACGUACAGCCGCCUGGUCCGUGCCGAAGCUGCGCAGGAACUCGUUGAGCGCCGUGACCACGUCCGCCGUCUUCUUCUGCGCCUUGAGCACCGCGAUCUUGCGCUUGAGCACCAGCGCGUUGGCCGGGUUGGCCUCCAGCAGCUCGUCGUACAGCGCCAGCGCCUUGGCGAACUCCCCGCGCUGCUCCAGCUGCAUGCCCUCGAGUCGGGCGACGCGCGAGCUGCCCGGGAACUUGGUCUGCAGGGCCUUCAGACACGUCUGUUUAAACACCGACACGAAUACAGUAAAAGCCGUCAUAACGAUGAUGAUACACACACAACCUCGCUGUUUCAACGACGCAGGAAGGUUAUUCACCUCCGCCAGC